ACAUGCGCAGGCGAAUCCACGUAGGUGGUGCUGCUGCUUUGGUAGGAACGGAUAACUGAGCUUAUGAUGGCAAUACCCAGGAACAAGCUUUGUGGUUUGGUAGCAGCAACCUUCACACCUAUGACACAAGAUAAUGAAAUAAAUCUCUCUGUAAUUGGUCAAUAUGUUGAUUAUCUGGUAAAAGUCCAGGGGAUUAAAAAUAUUUUUGUGAACGGCACAACUGGAGAAGGCAUGUCCCUUUCUGUUGAAGAAAGAAAAUUGCUUGCAGAAGAGUGGAUCAGCCAAGGAGAGGGCAAGUUAGAUCAGGUGAUAAUUCAUGUGGGUUCCUUGUGUAUAAAAGAAUCGCAACAGUUGGCAAAACAUGCUGCUGCAUACAAUGCCUCUGGAAUUGCCGUCAUUUCACCAUUCUUCUUCAAGCCUCAAAGUAUAGAGGCUUUGACAGAAUUUCUAAAGGAAGUAGCAUCUGCUGCCCCCAGCAUACCUUUCUACUAUUAUCAUCUUCCUGAAUUUACUGGAGUAUCUUUAAAUGUUGUGGAACUGCUAGAUGGGAUUGAGAAAAGGAUUCCCACGUUUCAGGGAGUAAAGUUCACCAGCAGUGACUUAUUGGACUUUGGUCAAUGUGUUCACAAGUACAAGGAUAGAUUUGCUUUGCUGUAUGGAAAAGAUGAGCUACUCUUGUCUGCAAUGGUAUUGGGAGCAAAUGGAGCUGUUGGCAGUACAUACAAUUACAUUGGAGAUUUAUGUAAUAAGAUGCUGACUGUUACUGAAAGAGGAGACUUCAACAUGGCCAGGGAGCACCAGGCUUUAGUCCAGGAAUUCAUCGGUUUUGUGAACCGGUUUGGUUUUGGAGUGGCAGAAAACAAGGCUACGAUGAUGCUUGUAUCGGGAAUUCCACUUGGACCCCCUCGCCUGCCGUUAUUAAAAUGCAGUGAAGCGAAACAAGCAAAAAUAUUGGCCAAACUUAAAAUCCUGGGAAUAUUGACAUGAGUAAUAGUGGAUGAAAUUUAAACUUUGGAUACUCAUGUUAUUCUGUAUUUUGAUUAUUCAGUUUUCUUCCUUACUAUUAUCUGUUAGAUACAAGAUAGACCAAGAAAGUGUCUCAGAUUCACAGAAUUGUUGCUGCAUGGAAGGAUGCCAGUCAGCCUAUUGUGUGUACCAAAUCAGUGAUGCACCUAGUACUAAUCAUCCACUUUCUCCCUGUAACCCUGCACAUACUUCGUUUUCAGAUAAUCCAAUUCUUGAAUUCCCUGAUUAAACCUGCCUCCACCACAAUCAGGCAGCGCACACAAGUUGCUGCAUGAAAAAAGUUUUCAUGUCUCCAUUGCUUCUUUUGCUAAUUACCUUAAAUCUGUGCAUGCUCAUUCUCGAUCCUUCCACCAUGGGAAAAGUUUUUCUUUAUCUGCUCUAUCUAGACCCCUCAUGAUUUUGGAAACCUCCAUCAAAUCCCCUCUCAACCUUUUCUUCUCCAGGGAAAACAGUCCAAACUUCUCCAAUCUAUCUACUUAACUGAAGUUCCUCAUCCUUGGAACCAUUCUUGUGAACCUUUUCUGCACUCUCUUUAAUGCCUUCAUCUUUCCUAAAGUGUGGCUUGCAGAACUGGACCUCAGAUGAGGCCAAACCAGUGUUUCAUACAAGCUUAAUAUUACCUCCUUGACCUUGUACUCUCUGCCUCUAUUAAAAAGCCUAGGAUACCAUAUGCUUUAUUAACCACGCUCUCAACCUGUCCUGCAACUUUCAAUAACUUAUGUGCAUAUACACCCAGGCCCCUAUGCUCCUGCACCCUCUUUUUAAAAUUGCACCUUUUUAUUUUAUAUUGUCACACUGUUCUUCCUACCAAAAUGAAUCACUUCAUGCUUCUCUGCAUUGAAUUUAAUCUGCAACUUGUUCGUCCAUUCCAACAUGCCUAUGUCUUUUUUGAAGUUCUACACUCUCCUCCUCACAGUUCAUAAUGCUCACAGUUCCAAGUUUCAUGUCAUCCACAAAUUAUGAAAUUGUGUCCUGUACACCAAGGUCUAGGCUAUUCAUAUAUAUCGGGGAAAAGCAAGAGUCCCCUGUGGAAUUCCACUGCUAACCUUCCUCCAGUCUGAAAAACAUCCAUUAACCACAACUCUGUGUCCUAUCACUUGGCUAAUUUCAUAUACAUGUUGUUAUGGUCCCUCUUGUUCUAUGAACUAUAACUUUGCUCACAAGUCUUUUGUGUGGUAGUAUCAGAUGCUUUUUGGCAAUCCAUGUAUACCCCAUGGACAGGAUUACCUCAAUCCUCACUUGCUGCUUCGAAAAAACAGUUUGCCCUUAAUUAACCCACAAGUACCCAAGUGGCUAUUAAUUUUGUCCUGAAUUAUUGUUUCUAGAAGCUUCCCCACCACUGAAGUUAAACUGACUGACCUGUAUUUGCUGGACUUAUUUUUAUACCCUAGUUCAAAAAAGUGUAACAUUUGCACUUCUCCAGUCCUCAGCACCACCCCUGAGCCUAAGGCAGACUUGAAAAUUAUGGUCAGUGCCUCUGUAUUUUCCAUUCUCACCUCCCUCAGUAUCCUUUGAUGCAUCUCCUCUCACCUGGUGCCUUAGCAACUUUUAAGAACAGACAGCCUAUCAAAUACCUCCUCACCAAUUUUACAUCCUUCAUUUGUCUGAAUUGCCUCCUCUUUCACCAUGACCUGGAUGGCAGCAUCUUCCUUGAUAAAGACAAAUACAAAGCAUUCAUUUAAUACCUCAACUAUCUCUGCUGCCUCCAUGCAUAAAUCCCCUUUUUGGUCCCUUAAUGGCCCCCUUCCUCAUUUUACCACCCUUUUACUAUUUAUAUGCCUAUAGAAGACUGUUUGGGGUUCCCAUUUAUGUUAGCUGACAAUCUCCUCUCUGUUAGCUUCUCUUAUUUUCUUUUCCAAUUCUCUGAACCUUCUAUAUUCAGCCUGGUUCUCAGUUGUAUUAUCCGCCUAACAUCUGUCAUAAGCAUACUUUGUCAUCUUCAUCUUCAUCUCUAUCUCCUUUUUCAUCCAGGGAGCUCUAGAUUUGUUUGCCCUACCUUUCCCCUUGUUGGGAAUAUACCUCAAUUAUGCCAGAACUUCUUUAAAGGCAGCCCAUUGUUCAGUUACUGUUUGUCCUACCAAUCUUUGAUUCCAAUUUAUCUGGCCAAGACUCAUUCUUAGCAAUUUGAAGUUAGCUUUCCCCCAGUUCUUAACCUGGCUUGUUCUUUGUAUCCUAUAGUUAGGCUGACUAUGGAAAAGGACAAUGAUCAUUAUUCUCCAAAUGCUCUCCUGCUGACACUUGAUCCACCUCAUUCCCAAAAACCAGCUCUGGCAAUGCCUCCUCUUCUCAUUUUUACUGGAAACAUACUGCUAUAGAAAUAUUUUCUUGAACACACUCCAGGAAUUCUUGCCCCUCUCUGCCCUUUACACAACUACUAUCCUAGUUUAUAUUUGGAUAAAUAAAGCCCCCAUUAUAACUACUCUAUAAUUCAUGCACCUCUCUAAUUUCCUUGCAAAUUUUUCACUCUACAUCUCUUUGCACUACUCGGUGGUCUACAGACUACAUCAAGCAAUUUAACUGUACCUUUUAUGUUCCUUAGCUCUACCCAAAUAGAUUCUUUCCUUGACUUUCCAGCACUGCAAUGUUCUCAAUCAAUAGCACCACUUUUUCCCCCUGUUCUUUCUUUAUAUCUUUUCUGAACACCUUGUAUCCAAGAAUAUUUAAUGCCCAGUCCUGCCCUCCUUUGGGCCAAGUUUCUAUAUAAGCCGUACAUUGUACUUCCACAUGGUAAUCUACACCUUUUAAGUCUCCAAUCUUAUUUACCACAAUCCAUGCAUUCACAUACAUGUGCAGUAACCCUAAUAUAGACCUUAUUACUUUCUCCCUUACUCUGAACCCAUCUAGUAACUUACUAUUUACUACUUUAGUGCUAUCCAUCUCCACUGGUAAUCUGUGCACUUUGGUAUUCCUCUAUGAUAUUACCUCAUGGUUCCCACACCCCUGCCAAUUUGAACCUUCCCCAAUAGCAAUCAAAGUAGAUCAGUCAUGUUUUAUUUUGUUACAAUGUAUUAAAAUGAUUGAACUUUA